UAAAUUUGAGUUUUUAAAAUGCUUGUUGAAUGGAAUUAUUUGGACUUGAAAAAUCGCGAUGAAUAAUGUAAGGAGCAUUGUUGACUUCCAAGUUCUGACUUUUUUUAUAUAAACUUGAAACUUGACAUAAAAAAAUUGCACAUUCACGUGAAUAGCCUUAGUUGAUGAUAUUUUGAGGAUCUUUCACCACAAACAUGGUCAAUUUGUAAUCUUUUUUUCCUCUCUUCUUUAAUUUCACAAUCUGAGAUCAGGUUUGUCAAAUAGACAACGUUAUUUGUAAAGAUCAAGUCACGAGUAAAUUUGUUGCAUAACACGCACGAGUAAACUUUUUUUUCUCUUUUGUAAAUAACCGUCAGAAGUUAAUUGACGUCUUUGUCGAUCUUUUAAUUAGAAGCAAUUCUAGAUGGCAGAAAAAAAUAAAUAUUUAUCGUAAUGUGAUGACCACAUGUGUUUGUGAGUUAAUUCUAUAACUGCCAUUACCAAGCAGCAGUUGCUUAUAUAAUGACGUCAUUGAAUGAUGAGAUGAUUCUCAAAAAAAGUGACUUAAAGUUGAGUCAUUAAUCUUUACAUGGCGCGAGAACAAACAAUUCUCAUUCUGCUUCUUGCUAAAGAAUUGUAACAGUGCGCAUUCUUAUCAGCUUUUUCGUGUUUUCAUUGCAAAUAUUUACACUUUUUGAAUGUGAGUCGAGUAUAUCAUCAAAUAAGGCAAAUAAGGGUGAAUAAUAAUUUUCCAUAACGAAUAAAGUUGUGCUAUUAAAUGUUGAUGAUGAUCAUGUGAGAGAAAACGAAUGUAAGACAAUCGUUGUUGAUCAAUCAUCCUUCAAACACAGUAAAAUUCUUUCAUUCAUGAAUAAUUCAGAAAUUUUCAUUCAAUGUCAACAAGCUCAAUUUAACGCUUCAAUGUAAAUAUGACAUCAUGUAUCGUGGAAGUUUUUAAAAGCUAAAAAAUAACAGAAGCAAUUUCACCACCGUUAAAGCAAAUUUUGCGAGCUAUUGAAAAAUAAUCAGUAAGAUCUGGCGCGAGUGUUUCCGAACGAAAUAAAUUUCUCGCCUCGUUAAAAACGUGAAUCUAUUGAAGAAAAAAAGGAAGAGAAGAAAAAAUUGUUUUCUCGUGCAGCUCAUAACCGGAUGUUGGAGUGAGAAAGACACAAACAAGACUCGAAAGUAUUUAGCGAGAAGUCAUGAAACAACAUCAGCGUUGAGCCAAUCAAAUAAAAAUAGGAAAAUGUUACAGUGAAAAAACUUUGAACUCUUACAAAAGACUACUAAACAAGCGUCAUCGCCUUGAACUAGCAAUCAAACAAUCAACAAUAAGAAGGGAAAGAAGAAGUUUGACUCACCUUUUUGUAGAGUUUAAUCCACGUGAGGUCACCUUUCGGGUCUGUAUACUGCAAGCCGAAGAACCAAACUUCACGUAAUCCAAUCGUCUUGACGACUUGGUCAAAGAGUUGUUUGCCGGUGGUGCUUUGCUGGAUGGCAAAUUCCAGCUCAGCGUCCAUCGUCGUGACACGAACAUUAAGCUGUAAAAAAAAGAAAAAAGCAAGUAUGGAUGUCAUCACGAUUAGAUAAUGUUUGAUAGAAUGCAUAAAUCUGACAUUUAAAAAUUUA